GGUUGAAAUAAUAAUAAAGUGCAUCAUUUUUCUUUUGGUAAACACUGAAAAUGGGUCCCACAGUCCUGAACACCACACAGGGGUUAAACAAAGUUCAUAAGGUAAGAGUGCCAGGCUGUCCAUCCUAUCUAAUUAAAAAGUUAAGACUGCAUGUUUACUGAUUAACCUGCUUUUACAGUGUCUUUAACCUUUAGGACCACUCAGAGUUACAGACGAGCGCUGCAGUACAGUGAACAAACUGAUAUGAUCAUAUGCCUCCAUAUGGACCUAAAUACAGUAGUAAUGUGGUCGCACUUUAUUUUCGAAAUGCACAUAUAUGCAAUUUGAAUCUAUACACCUGAAACGCAUAAACCACUGUGUGUCGUUACUGUUCAUUAGCACCUAAUGCUACUGUGGAUUUGUAAUGAAUGGUUCCAAAGGUCACUUGAGCUGAACUUUUACUAUCUCAUUGUUUGUCCAAGUACUUUGCAGAGCAGGAGCAAAAGGAUUUAGACUGCGUAGCUCUCUGCAGCCGUCAUAAUGGAAAAGAUCAACGACUACCUUUGCAGAUAUAAAGGUUAUGUUUUUGUGACUGAGAAGCUCAUAGUCGAGCACAUCGACUCCCUUCAGAACUUCGAGAUACGAGACAGUGACGUUUUUCUGGUGACCUACCCAAAGUCAGGAACGAUAUGGACGCAGAACAUCAUACUACUGAUCUGUGAGUCGGACAACAGAGAUGAAGCUGAACAAUCCAACAAUCCUGAGAAAAUGCCGUGGCUGGAGUUUCCGCAGGGACACUCGGAUUUUUCCUCUCGAGCCUCUCCGCGUUACUUCGCUUCGCACCUCACGCCCGCGCUCAUGCCACCUGGACUCAAGGACAAAAAACCAAAGAUCGUGUACGUGGCCAGGAACCCUAAAGAUGUGGCGGUGUCUUAUUUCCACUUCUCCCACAUGUUGACCAAGCUGGAGACCCCCAAGAGCUUUGAAGAGUUUCUGCAGCAGUACCUCGCUGGAGACGUAGGUGGAUCGUCGUGGUUUGAUCACAUCCGAGUGUGGCACACGCACAAAGACGAGUACAACAUCCUGUUCCUGACUUAUGAGGACAUGAUCAUGGAUCUGAGGUCGGCAGUGGAGAAGAUUGCCCGCUUUUUGGGACGAGAUCUGGACGAAGCUGCGAUCUCUCGUGUUGUGGAGAAAGCCACCUUUAAAAAUAUGAGGAAGGACCCCAAAGCCAACUAUGAGUUCCUUCCUACUGAAAUUCUACAGGGCAAAUUCAUGCGCAAAGGUACAGUAGGAGACUGGAAAAACAUCUUCACUGUGGCCCAGAAUGAGAUGUUUGACCGUAUCUAUCAGGAACGAAUGAAGGAUCUUCCGUUAAAGUUCAUAUGGGACAUAAAGUAAAGCACUUUUUAUGGAAACCAAGCCAAGUGAUGAAAACACUGUACUGUACUGUGAUCACACGUUUAGAAAAU